AUGAAGAUCGUCACGCUGUUUCUCGUGUUAUCGCUCCUUCAUGCUACGUCUUUUGCUGCAAAACAGUCGUACAUUGUAUAUAUGGGAGCGCACUCACAUGGUGCAAAUCCUAGUACAAAGGAUUUCGAUCAAGUGACUGAUUAUCAUCAUAAUUUCCUUGCAAACUUUGUUGGAAGUCUUGAAGAGGCAAAGGAUGCAAUGUUUUACUCGUAUACGCGGCAUAUAAAUGGUUUUGCUGCUAAUCUUGAAGAGCAUCAAGCAGCAGAAAUAGCAGAACAUCCAAGUGUGGUAUCCGUGUUCCUGAACAAAGGAAAGAAAUUACACACAACACACUCUUGGGAUUUCAUGCUACUAGAAAACAAUGCCAAACCGAGUGAAGCAUGGAGCGCUGCCAGAUUUGGUGAAGAUACUAUUAUUGGCAACCUCGACACUGGUGUUUGGCCUGAAUCUGAGAGCUUCAAUGACAAAGGAUUUGGACCUAUUCCAUCGAGGUGGAAAGGUAUUUGCGAGCACAACAACGUCACCACUGGUCGAGUUCAUUGCAACAGGAAGUUGAUUGGAGCAAGACACUUCAACAAAGGCUAUAAAGCCUUCGGAGGAGAAGUAGAAAAUUUCAUGGAAUCAGCACGGGACUACGACGGCCAUGGAUCACACACUCUAUCAACCGCAGGAGGCAACUUUGUUAGUGGAGCAAACAUGAAUGGCCUUCCCCUUGGCAUUUUGAAAGGCGGCUCACCGAGAGCACGAGUAGCUUCAUACAAGGUCUGCUGGACACCUAUUAAUGGCAAUGAAUGCUUCGAUUCCGAUAUCAUGGCUGCAUUUGAUAUGGCCAUUCAUGAUCGCGUUGAUGUGCUAUCUGUAUCACUUGGAGGUGACCCUACUGAUUACUUUGAAGAUGGUCUUGCCAUUGGAUCUUUUCAUGCUGUUCAAAAUGGUAUUGCUGUGGUUUGUUCUGCUGGAAAUUCUGGGCCUACUCCGGGUUCUGUGAGCAAUGUUGCUCCAUGGAUUCUUACUGUUGGUGCUAGUACUAUGGACCGUGAGUUCCAAUCGUUUGUCGAGCUUGGCGAUGGACAUCGUUUUAAGGGUACAAGCUUAUCAAAGGCAUUGCCAAAAAAUACACUAUAUCCACUCAUGUCUGCUGCUCAAGCGAAGCUUGCCAAUGCAUCUGCUAGUGACGCGCUCCUCUGCAAGCCAGGAACGUUGGAUGAGAAGAAGGCGAAAGGGAAGAUCUUAGCUUGCCUUAGAGGAGGCAAUGCAAGAGUUGAUAAAGGAAUGCAAGCAAAACUUGCUGGAGCUGCUGGCAUGAUUCUUUGCAACGACGAAUUAGAUGGCAAUGAAGUUAUUGCUGAUCUUCAUGUUCUUCCUGCAGCACACAUCAGCUAUGAAGAUGGAUCAGCCGUAUUCAAAUACAUCAAUUCCACAGCUAAGCCGAUGGGUUACCUUACUCAUUCAAAAGCAACCUUUAAUGUCAAACCUGCUCCUUACAUGGCUGCAUUUUCCUCCAGAGGCCCAAAUACUGUUACACCAGAGCUUCUGAAGCCUGAUAUCACAGCACCAGGAGUGGAUGUAAUUGCGGCAUACAGUCAGGCAGUGAGUCCGACAGAUGAACCUUCCGAUCAUCGUAGAGUUUCUUACAUGAUGGACUCUGGUACAUCUAUGUCUUGCCCUCAUAUUUCUGGCAUAGUUGGUCUUUUGAAGACACUUCACCCUACAUGGAGUGCUGCUGCUAUUAGAUCUGCUAUAAUGACUACAGCUAGAACUAGAGACAACACUAUCAACCCAAUGGAAGAUGCGAACUAUGCUAAGGCCACUCCAUUUGGUUAUGGUGCAGGCCAUGUCAGACCAACUCGCGCUAUGGAUCCUGGGUUGAUCUAUGACUUAAAUGCAACUGACUACUUGCACUUCUUAUGUUCCAUUGGCUACAACAAGACUACAAUUGAAACAUUUUACAAUGGUUCACACAAAUGUUCAAAGUCUAGCUAUAACAAAGAAAAUCUUCUGAAUUUCAACUACCCUUCUAUUACAGUUCCUAAACUUUCUGGCUCUGUCACUGUUACUAGAACUGUGAAAAAUGUCGGACCACCUGGCGUCUAUGUAGCUCGUGUUCGUCAACCGUUAAGAGUAUCAGUUACUGUGACACCAAAGAUGAUGAAGUUUGAGAAAGUUGGAGAAGAGAAGAAGUUUAAGGUGACUUUGACUUCUAAAGUGAGAGGUGGAAAGUCAGAAGAAUACAGGUUUGGAGAGUUGCUAUGGUCAGAUGGAAAGCACUAUGUUAGAAGUCCUAUAGUAGUUGCUGCUUAA